GAGAUUAUCAGGAUCGAGUUUUUAGGUUUCCCAAAAUGGUUGAUAGCAACAAUAUAUUAGGAUCAUUUGACUCAAGUGAAGAAGGAGGGUUUAAGGAGCACGAUAGGUUGUUGCCAAUAGCUAACGUGGGACGAAUAAUGAAGCAUAUUCUUCCUCAAAACGCGAAGAUUUCAAAAGAGGGGAAAGAAACAAUGCAAGAAUGUGUGUCUGAGUUCAUAAGCUUUGUUACUGGAGAAGCAUCAGAGAAAUGUCACAAGGAGAAGAGGAAGACGUUGAACGGAGAUGAUGUUUGUUGGGCUUUGGGAAAUUUAGGGUUUGAUGAUUAUGUUGAGCCAUUGAAAAGGUAUUUGCAUAGAUAUAGAGAGUUAGAAGGUGAAAAAGCUAACCAAAAUAAGGUUGAUAUUGGCAACAAGAAUGAAGAAAGGGAGAAAAAUGAGUUUCUCCUUAGAAGAUUGUAUGGUCCUUAAGAAAGUCCGGAGCAUAAAUGACAACUUUUUUUUAAUCAAGUAGGGGUGACCGUUCAGACAGUUCAAUUCAUAAUCCAAAAAUCCAAAAAGUUCCAAUUUCGAUUUGGUUUUUAGGUUGACCCAAACUAUGUCCACCUCUAUAUAUACGUAAGCUUUGAUUUUCAAAUUCUUUCUACUCUUGUUUUCAUUUUAUGAAGAAAAAAAUAAAUCGUGCUUUCGUACUAGUGAUCAUAUUGUAUCUUCUAAAUAAUUUGUAAGGUAAUUAAUUUGUGGGAUAUGGUUUUGAAAAAUUAAUUAACUUUGUGAUUCAA